AUGAAUGAAUUUAAUUUCUCUUACAAACAAAUAUGUGCUCUCAACUUACUUCUAUUUUUGUUAACCAGACUAAAACGCAAAGAACACCUAGACCGACAUACACUAGAACACCAGGAAGUGAGACCUCACGUCUGCCCUGACUGCGGGAAGGCCUUCAAGAGGAAAGAGCAUCUGAACAUCCAUCGCACCAUACACAGCGGAGACAAGAGCGAGUCUUGUCCUGUUUGUAAUAAAUCAUUCUACCGCAAAGACCACUUGCGGAAACACUUGCAAACCCACACGAAGUUGUUCAUGGAGCGCAAUAUGGAUAUUCCUGAACAGGAGUAUGCGGACGCUGGGGGUGAUGAUAUCAAGCAAGAAAUCAUUGAUGAGUACACCACGCCUAGUACUGAAGAACAUGGCAUACAGAUUAUGGAGGAGGAAUCGGAAGAAAAGUUCAGCACAACGCCACAGUUCAAAGAGUCGUACUCUGCCGAGAGGCCGUAUAUGUGCCUCGUGUGUCAGAAGUCGUUCAAGAGGAAGGACCACCUCAAGAUACACAGCUGGACGCAUAUGAAGAAGGAUAAGGUUUGCUCCGAGUGCGGGAAAGGUUUCCACACGGAUGAUCAACUGUUAGUACAUAUGAACGUGCAUUUGCAGCCUUAUAACAUGUACAGCGGCGAUGAGGAGUACCUUACGGGAGAAUCAGUGUCCAACGACCCCUAUUCAUCAGACAACAGCCUACUAGUAGCGCGGUCGUCAGCCCGUCCUAUCGAGAGCAGACCGCACGAGUGCGACAUCUGUCACCGGCGGUUCAAACGCAAGCAGCAUCUGAAGGUGCAUCUCAAUGUGCACACGAAACACCAGUUCAGUGUGUGGUGCUCUGUUUGUGGUGAAGGUUUCCUCUCAAACGAGCAGUUCGAGACUCACCAGUGCAGUGAACAGCAGAGCUCAAGCGACCAGUACGAUGACACUGCGCCACAAUCGCCGACAGUCGACACACCGCAAGAGGCCAAGAAGGAAAAUAAAUAUCCGGAGGAAUAUAUGGACGUAGGCGACCUAGCGUCACUAGACUGCGUACAAUACGUACAAGUAGAAGAGAAAGAGUUACCGACGCCGCAGCGAGUGUUCGUCUGCAAGUACUGCUCCAAGCCAUUCAAGAGGAAAGACCACUACAAGAUACAUCUGCACAUACAUACCGGUGUUAAGUCUUUCUUCUGUACCGAUUGCGGGAAAGGUUUCUACCGCAAGGACCACCUACAAAAGCACAUGCUAGUGCACAACAAAGUGAAGACUAAGAAAGAGAUCCCGGAUCUGUUCCCCAUCAACAAGCUACCUAAGAAGAAACAAGUCUUGCCAGAGAUCACUAUACAUGCGCCUUCAAACACAAAACUGCGGGUCCCCCUACAAAUCAAAGUACCAUACCAGAUGGUGAUGUCUAUGGACAACGGCGAACAGAGAGCUGUCACCAUAGACCCGCAGGCUUCACCACAAGCUUCUUAAUGUAAGUUCAAUCAUCUCUCUAGCCGUUUCCCAACUAUCUCGAAUACCAGUGUGCCACAUGGAGCGACUGUAAAUUCAUAAUAUAGUGAUUUUAUUUAUUGAUGGCAAAAAUUAACACUGUUGUAUGUAUGAAAUAUAUUUGAGAUGAGGUUCAAAGCUAUCCUUAAAGACACCAUGUAGCUUGUACUCCUCAAAUAAAUAUGUACUAAGUCAGUCUUAUCACACAAUAUUUUGCUUUAAUUUUAAAUGUUGUUUCAUCAUGAUAAUCAUCAUUCUUAAAGUUGAGUCAUGAUAAUAAAUUGUUUUCAUUUUUAUUUUCACUUAUAUGCCAUAUUGCCGGCUUCAUAAAGUUACCUUAAAUAUUAUGACGAAGGAUAGGCUUGAGAAUUUAAAGAAGAUAUUUGUAAAUACAUACUUAUAAGACUAUCUGCUCAAGCCAGUGAGCAUAAAGAUGGUUGAAUAAUUACGACUUUAAUAAAAACUAUUUUCCCCAUUUUAGUAUUAUUGAGAAUCUAUCUUUUAUUAUUUCUAAUUGUGUCUGCAUGCUUCAUAUAAAAUAAUCAUGAUUUAUUA